AUGAACUUAUCAGGAAAAGUCAGUAGUGCCGGUGCAAGCAGAUCACGAAAAAUUAAUCCAGCAGUGUCAGAGAAAAAAAAUAUACACGCAUCCGAGUCGAGAAAAAUCUCCGCUUCCAAGAGAAAAACAGUAUCCGGUUCAAGAACCAACCCUUCAACUACAUCAAGCACUCGAAAACAAACCCAUGAGCAUUCCAAGACACGAUCAAAAAGUCAAGCACAUAAAAAACUAUCGAAUGUAAUCGAUGAUUCUACUCCUACUGUAGUUGAUGGUACUAAGAAAAAAAACAAAAAACAAGGAAGUUCUUCAGGAUCAACUGGAAAAGUGAACGCAUAUCAAAUAUAUAUGAAGGACAUUCGACCAAAAGUGGUUCACGAAUUUCCGGGCAUGAAACCAACGGAAAUAACAAAAGAAAUAGGAGCCAGAUGGCGUGCACUAUCUGAUAGUGAGAAAGGGGCUUUAUAUAAAGCGGUUGGAAGAGAAAUGCCAGCGAAGAAAGCACCAAAACGGAGUCGAAGUAGAAAGAGCACGGCACAGAAAAAAACUAGAAGAGGAAAAAAAGGAAACAAAAGCGGAAAAGAUCAUCAAUCAGUUGGAAAUAGGAAUCCAUUAGGAACUACUCAACAAAAAACAGAUCCUAUUCAACAUUCGAUUGCUGUUAAACCUGUUAAUAUUACGAAAGCGGAGACACCAGGUGUACAUACGACAACUACUAAUAAUAGAAUAAUAGCGACAGCAGCAGAGAAUGCUGAUAAAUCUGGAAAAAUGACAAUAAAUAAAAGUGAAUAA